AUGGGUUCCAGUGUUGCUUCAGCCUUGGCCCGCGUCGAUGCGGGCUCCCUCGCCGACAUUUUUGACGAUCGCCCAAACCGAGUUCAACAUCCUGUAAUGCAAUGCGUUCAGAUUAAGCCCAUUGCUCCCCAGCCUGGUGGACAAGAACGUCACAGAGUCAUCUUCAGUGAUACCAAGAAUUAUAUUCAGACGAUGCUGGCAGUCGCUCAGAAUCACCUUGUGGAGGAGAAAAUUCUUCGCCGUGGAGUUUUGGUCCAGUUGCUGGGGUACAAUGCAAACAACUACAAGGCCAAGCGAAUUCUUAUCGUUACCGAGAUCAAAGUACUUGAAGAGUACGGCGAACAUGAGAAACUCGGCGAACCGAAACCUUUCGAGACCAAACCUGAGGAGGAGGACCAGAAGCCGAAUCCCAGUGCAGCCACGAGCCAAGGCUUUUAUGGUAAUAAGCAAGAGCAACCCAAAAGCAGAGCCAUGCCGACGCACGCGAAACAAUCAUCCUCCGCACAUGCCAAUAUCUAUCCCAUCGAAGCCAUUUCCCCUUACUCCAACAAAUGGACCAUUAAAGCGCGAUGCACGAGCAAGUCAGACAUCAAGACGUGGCAUAAUCGCAACGGCGAAGGCAAACUGUUCAGUGUGAACCUGCUCGAUGAAAGUAGUGAAAUCCGUGCGACGGGUUUCAACGAACAAUGUGAUCUACUAUAUGACUUGUUCCAGGAAAACAGUGUUUACUACAUUACAAGCCCUUGCCGAGUUACAUUCGCAAAGAAACAAUUCUCCAAUCUCCCCAACGACUACGAAUUGCACUUCGAGAAAGACACAAAGGUUGAAAAGGCUGAAGAACAAGAUGGUGUGCCUCAGGUGCGGUACAACUUCACCACCAUCGCUGAUCUACAGUCUGUAGAGAAAGAUACAACGAUCGACAUCAUCGGAGUCCUAAAAGACAUUGGCGAGACUUCUCAAAUCAUCUCUAAGACCACGAGUAAGCCAUAUGAUAAGCGGGAGCUUACCCUGGUCGACAAUACUGGCUAUUCCGUACGGCUCACAAUAUGGGGAAAGACUGCGGCUUCUUUUGAUGUUCCCCCCGAGUCUGUGGUUGCUUUCAAAGGCGUAAAGGUUUCGGAUUUCGGGGGCCGUAGCUUGAGUCUUCUCAGCUCCGGGUCCGUCAGUGCAAAUCCAGACAUGACCGAGGCUCACAAAUUGAAAGGUUGGUAUGAGGACCAAGGAAAAUCAAACAAUUUCGCCACACAUGCCAAUGUUCAGGGGACUGUCUCUGCAGGUGGUUCUCGACGUGACCCAUUCAAGACCAUUUCUCAAAUCAAAGAGGAGCAACUUGGCAUGUCCGAGACUCCAGACUUCUUCUCCGUCAAGGCAUCCAUACAAUACAUCAAGCAAGACAACUUUUGCUACCCAGCAUGUCUUUCAGAAGGAUGCAACAAGAAAGUCGUCGAGAUCGACCCUGGACAGUGGCGCUGUGAGAAAUGUGACAAGACUCAUCCUAAGCCCGAAUAUCGAUACAUCAUGUCGGUCAAUAUUAGCGAUCAUACUGGUCAGCUAUGGGUCAGUUGCUUUGACGAGACAGGUAGACAGAUCAUCGGCAUGACAGCGGAUGAGUUGAUGGAAAUCAAGGAAGUUGACGAGAAGAAACUGGCUGAGAUCAUCUCUGAUUCAAUCUGCAAGACCUGGAAUUGGAAGUGCAAGGCCAAACUUGAUAAUUUCCAGGAGCAACAGCGAGUACGGUACCAAAUCACCUCGGCAUCACCUAUGAAUUAUGUAGCAGAGUCACAGAAGCUGAUCGACCUCAUCAAGCAAUAUAACAUUGAUUGA